AUGGAAACAGAAAUGAGCAUGUGUGGAAAUGAAAUUCUCCAACAACACAUCUGUUUGAAGAGAAAUCUUUCAGCAGCUCUCGGCUGCAUCUCAGAAGAGCACCACACGCCCAGUUGGUUCACCAAGGAAGAAGCUACACCUCGAGAAGAAAGCAGCAAAUCCUCAGCGUCUCCUUGCCUUGAAGAAGCAUCUGAGGCAUCGGUGGAAUCAAUUAGAAUCGUUCAGAUCUUCGCCUCUGGCGAUUCAAAUUUGGAAAGCAGGAUAUGUUCGGGGGAAGUCCUGGUGGAUGAAGCACAGCAAAGCAAUUGCAGCAUCUGCUGCAGUACCUUUCUGAACAAAAUGGCAGUGGUCAUCUUCAUGCUCUUACUGACCAUUGCUGUACUGCUUGGCGGUUUGGUAACACUGGUUGUCGUCUAGGGCUGCAAGCGCUUCUGCAGCCUUCAGGGUUAUCUGAAGGCUUCUCUGGCAGUGGCGGACCUGGCUGUAGGCGUGAUGGGUGUCCCAUUUUCCGUCGACGUGGAGUGAGAGGUGGGUACUUUAUUCAGCGACUAUUUCCAGCUGUGCACAGUGGUUGGGACGGUCUACACGGGCUACACUCUGGUCUCCAUCAGUACCAUCCUUCUGCUGACCGUGGAAAGAAGCGUCGCCAUUCUGAAGCCCCUUCAGAAAGAGGCAAUGAUUACCAGGAAGAGAACAUUGUCUCUAAUCAGCAUCUCCUGCCUGGCCAGUUUCUUCCUUGUCCCUUCUGAUACUUUUAGCGAGCAGAUCGUGCCCCAGUAUAACCUGUGCAGUCGUAUAUGUAACUUCGCCUUGGUGACCGGUAGGUUACCUCAGAAUGGCUGGGACGUUCUGCUGCUUUCCCCAGCUUUCCAUUUCACGUUGCUGGGAGGGACGGUGGCGAUAAACAUUUUAUCCUUCAGCAGUAUUCGGCAAUAUUCCAAACAGAGGAAACUUCUGGCGAAAAGCAAUUUGCUCCUACGCUCAUCUCCCGAUAUCAAAUCUGCAAAAACCAUAGCGACUCUGACCCUCGCUUUCACAGCGUCAUUCAGUUCCAUCGCUGUGUUCGUGGUAGGAAACGUCCUGGGUAUCAAAUGGUGUGACUUCUCGUUCUUCGCCUUUUGGAUCCUGCCUUCAAGCAGUUGCUGGAACGUAAUCAUUCACAACGUUAGAUAUCAGAAAUUCAGACCACGGGCUCUGGAGCUACUGUAUCGACCAGGUAGCUGA